AUGAGCGCAACACUUCAACUCUUAGGACUCGUGCGUGAUUUGAGGAACAAGAAGCAAAACAUUGUUCUCAACGGCAAGAACCUCGACAUUGCUUCCAUCGUGGCCGUCGCUCGUCAUGGAGUUAAGCCCACUAUUAGCACGGACGAGCUGCUCGCCAAGCGGCUUGAGACCUCCGUCGACACUCUAGCCGAUGUCAUUUCUCGUAAAUGUGUGAUCUACGGCGUCAACACUGGUUUUGGUGGCAGUGCUGACACAAGAACCAACGAACUCAUCGACCUACAGACUCAUCUGCUCCAAUUUAUCCAAAGCGGAAUCAUCACUGCCGCUGACAAGGAUCCAGGUAGUAACUCAGAGAGGGAAUCAUCCCACGUCAUGCCUCUUCCCUGGGUUCGAGCCACCAUCGUUGCUCGAGCGAAUCAGAAUCUCAGGGGUCACAGUGCCAUCCGAAAGUGCGUGCUCAAGAGCCUGAUUGACCUACUGCACAACGGCAUUACUCCCCUAAUUCCAAUUAGGGGUACCAUUUCUGCAUCUGGAGAUCUUAUGCCUAUGGCUUAUAUUGCUGGAGCAAUCAUGGGCAACCCAGAUGUCUUUGUCCAGAUGGGCAAGGGCGCACAAGCCAUAGUGAUGCCUUCGUCUGAGGCCUUGGAGCUGAGCGGGCUUUUCCCGUCAGGACUCGGCCCGAAGGAGGGACUUGGGCUAAUCAAUGGAACUGCUCCUUCCGUGGCGUUGGCAAGCUUGGCAUUGUAUGACACGCAGCAGCUUGCGCUGUUGUCUCAAAUGUUGACGGCUUUCGCUUCCGAGUGUUUAGCCGGAAAUGUAGAGUGGGCUCAUCCCUUUAUUCAUGCCACUCGACCCCACGCUGGCCAGAUUGAGGUGACAAGCAAUAUCCGGCGCUUCCUGAAGGGCUCCAAGUUUGUUGUUGGCUUGGAGUCACAAAAGGCAUCGGGCGACGGACUCUGCCAAGAUCGAUAUUCGACACGAACAGCGCCUCAAUGGAUUGGACCUUAUGUUGAAGACCUUCUGUUAGCGCAACAUCAGCUGGAAGUGGAGCUCAACUCCACAUCAGAUAACCCCCUGGUGGACACAAGCAAGCAAGACGAUGGUUCUAGCGGAAAAGUGUACUCCGGUGGAAAUUUUCAAGCAGCUGCCGUCACGUCGGCUAUGGAUAAGGCUCGUUUGGCGAUUCAGAUGAUAGGACGAAUGCUUUGGUCCCAGGUCACUGAGAUGAUCAACCCUGCUACAAAUAAUGGACUCGAGGCUAACCUUAAUGCCACCGCACAAGAGAACUUCACUAUGAAGGGAAUUGACAUCAACAUGUCAGCAUACAUGUCUGAGUUGGCAGCCCUGGCACAUCCAGUCUCUGCUCAUGUCAUGUCAGCCGAGAUGCAUAAUCAGGGUAUCAACUCUCUGGCGCUGAUUUCAGCUCGACGCACUCUGGAGGCUGCAGAUCUAUUGGCACAUAUGAGUGCCUGUCAUAUCUAUGUCUCAUGCCAGGGUGUCGAGAUCCGGGCAAACCAUGAACGAUUCCUUUUGAAACUCCGCACCAAGAUGGAGGACUCCACCGCAAGCGGAGCUUUGUAUGGACUCGGAUUGAAGGGUUCGCAGAUUGAGACACUAUCCGCGUCACUCCUCCCCAUUGUCCAGUCGAGCUGGUACCGCGCAAACUCCAAUACUUGGAAAGACCGUGUCUUGUCUGUAGUUGAUGCCGUUAUGUUGUCGGUCAACGUAUUUGUGGCCACUAACAACCCGGAUUGCUCAGUUUCAACAAUCAUUGCCUUCAAGAAGCAUUUUCGGGGUGUUGUGUCCAGCACAGCAGAGGAAAUGUUUUAUCCCGGUCCGACUAUUUCCCCUGAGGAGGUUACCACACAGCUUGGCAGGGGGACUGCACAAAUCUAUACAUGGGUGCGCUCGAAGUUGAACAUCCCGAUGAACUGUGGCCUCCAAGACGAUCCGCUGUAUAACGCCCAGCAGGGCCUUCCCACAAAGGGCAAAAGGAGUAUUGGAAGCUUGGUAAGCAUGGUAUAUGAGAGAUUGCUUAAGGGUGAAAUGAUGGGUACAAUUCUAGAGGGCUGGAUGCAGGACUAG